AUGGAGAAGAAGAAACCAGAAAAUACGGCGGAGGAGGAGAAGACAGAAAAUAAGAAUGAAGAAAGGAAAGAGGAGGUGCCAUUAGAGGCAAGUCCUUACGUCAACUACAAAGAUUUGGAAGAUUACAAGCGGAAAGCGUACGGAACUGAAGGCCACCUUCAGCCCAAGCCUGGCCGUGGCGCUGCGGCCUCCACCGAUGCUCCCACUUCCACUCUCGCCGCCACUCAAGACCGUUAACCUUUGGGAGUUCCGUAAUUUGCUGUUGGAUUAGGUGUUUAAAAUUACUAAAAUGCCAUUACUAAAGAGCUACUAUGAAAAUUUAUGUUUUGGUUUUAGUUCAUAAAAAUUUUGCAAAUAUGGUUUUAACGGUUAAU